ACUCCCAGUGGCCAAACACACAAACACACUGGCACAGGUGCAGCUAUAUAAGUGUGAGGCGUCUGGACAUCAGAGAUUUUUUCACACACUGAGGAAGAGAUGCUGCAUCACUGGAACAUGGACAUGAGGAGUAUUUUUGGGGUGUUGGUUUGUCUGUCUUUCAGCCAUUGUGCUUUAAUUCCUGACUUCCGCACUACAGAGUUUGGGUUACAGCCUAUUGACAACAUUUCGAUUGCGUCACCAUUCCCUCCAGGAGCACCGGAGCCUGACUUAUCCUAUUGUCAGAUGAUUCUGGAAGCUCCGGUUCCACCCACAGCGGACCAGGUACCCUGGUACUGCAUCUGUUCCGCUUGCUCCGGAAACAGAGGCCAGAAAGGAGACCGAGGCGACCGCGGACUGCCAGGAGUUCCUGGUAGUCCAGGCCCAAGAGGCCUCACUGGGCUUCCCGGCCGUCCAGGAUUCACAGGACGUCCUGGCAUGAAGGGUGAGAAAGGUGAAAUGGGAGAUAAAGGUGACAUUGGUCCCGCUGGAUUUUCAGGACCGAAGGGAGACAGGGGGACCAAAGGUGAGAAGGGUGACCGUGGUCUGGAUGGCCCUGCGGGAGAUCAGGGUCCAAAGGGAGAAGAUGGUCAGUGCCCGGAAACCUGUGAGCCUGUACCAGGUGCAGAUGGUGCACCUGGUCUUCCUGGCCCUGUAGGUGCACGUGGGUUACCUGGGCUGGCUGGAAGCCCUGGUCCCAAAGGACUGAAGGGCGAUCCAGGAGUGGCGGGCAUACCUGGCGUUCCAGGUGAACCAGGGGAGAAGGGUGACCAAGGUCCACAGGGCCUAUGCAAUUGUCAUGAUGGGGCUCCAGGAGCCCAGGGUCAAAAGGGUGAUAAGGGUGAUAAGGGAGAAAUGGGUUUGACAGGGCCACAGGGUCCGAAUGGAACUACAGGACCUAAAGGUAAUCAGGGAGAAAUGGGAAUGGUGGGUAUGCCUGGACCUUGCUCACCUGCCGUGCAAUCUGCUUUCUCCGCUGCUAUGCUCACCUCUUAUCCUCAACCGAACCGCCCAGUGCCUUUCAAACGUGUCAUCUACAACUUAAACCAGCAUUACAACCUUGAAAACGGUGUCUACACCGCCCCUGUUAACGGAACUUACGUGUUUAGCUACCAUCUGCAAGUGGCAACCCGUAUGCUGAGGGUCGGACUCUUCCACAACUUUGAGGCCGUGGUGAAGACAACUACACCAGUGGAAAUGAACACCGCCUCUCAGCAGGUGGUGCUGAGUCUGACUCAGGGUGACUGGGUGUGGGUGCAGGUGAAGGACACCACCAGUAACGGCAUUUAUACCGGUACCGAGGCCAGCAGCACAUUCAGCGGGUUUCUGUUGUACCCAGACAAAUGUGAUGACAUGUUUGGAAGAGAUUUUACCAUAGUCGAGUUCCCCGAUAGAGAGAUUGAAUGGGGAGCUCCAUAAUCUGUACCCUAUGCUCUUAACCUACACCUUUAACUCUUAACCAACCCCUACAUUCUAAACCAGCACCCAAAUGUUUAUCUAUAGCCUAGACCAGGGGUAGCCAACCCUGCUCUUAGAGGGCUACCAUUCUGCAGAGUUUAGCUCUAAAGCGAAUUAAAUUACCCGGACCAACUAAUUGAGGUGCUCAGGAUUACUUGAAAGUAACAUGCAGGUGUGUUGCAGCAGGGUUGGAACUGAGGUCUGCAGGAAGGUAGCGUUCCAGGAGCAGGGUUGGCUUCCCAUGGCAUAGACUUACAUCCUAACCUCUUAACCUACACCCUCAGAACUGUAACCUACACCCAAAAUUCUAAACCAAAAUAAUGUAUCUACUCCCAAGACCUGCAACCUAAUUAACCUAUACCAAACAUUCUAAACGUUCACCCAAACUAGACCUACACCCAACAUUUAAACCUAAACUUUUAUCUACUCCUUGGACCUGCCCCCUGAUCUAUUAACUCACAGUCAGGAUUCUAAACUUUCACGCAAUCUUCUAACUACACUCCUAAACCUACAUUCUAAACCUAAGUCUAAACUUUUAUGUACUCCUUAGACCUACACCCAACAUUCUAAACUUUCACUCAAACUUUUAACUACACCCUAGACCUACACUCCUGGGCAAAAAAAUGGACCAAGCCCAAAAUGAUUAAACAAAUUUUUGGUCAGGAAAUUAGCUAAAUUUAAGCAAAUGCACUACUAAGUUUUUUGGUAGAAUAUGGGAAGUUGUGUUUGGAAUCACAAUGAAACACAAGUUGCAUGGUGAUGCUUCAGAGGACUGUCUUUGAAAAUCUGCUGAUAAAUAUAAUAAUAAAUGCAUCUCUACCACAGUGAAGCAUGGAGGAAGAGGAGCCAUUUCAGCUGCUGGUAUUAGUGAGCUACUUCACUGUGAAAAGUCAUUAAUUGCUUUGGAGUAUAGGAAAUUAUUGCAGAAUGGCUUGCUUCCCACAUAUAAAAAGUUGUUAUCUAAAGAGGAAUGAUCAGAUGUUAUUUUUCAACAGGGCAAUUCUCUUGCCCAAACUGCAAAGACAACCAAGAAGUGGCUUGAGAACAAGUCAAUCGGGCUCAUGUUUUGGCCUGUUCAGAGUCCAGAUAUGAACCCUAUAGUGAAUAUUUGGUCUCAAAUUAACCUGGAGACAUUUUUCAACUACUCAUGAACUGUUUGAAGCCAUUAACAUUGAGUGAAACAACACUGACUGUUCCUCCUGUAAAAAGCAGUCUCCAAGUUGGGGAAGGUCAUUCUGUGUUACUUUAUCUAGAGUACUUGUGCAAUUCUUGCUAAUUUCCAAUGAUUUGUGAUUAAAAUGGGUUAGACCAUUAAAAGACCACUAAAUAUUUCACCAUUUUGUCUUGCCCCAUUUUUUUUGUACUCCCAACAUUCUAAACCCAAACAUUUAACUACUCCCUAAACCUACUCCCAACAUUCUAAUCCCAAACAUUUAGCUAAUCCCUAAACCUACACCCAACAUUCUAAUCCCAAACAUUUAACUACUCCCUAAACCUACACCCAACAUUCUAAUCCCAAACAUUUAGCUACUCCCUAAACCUACUCCCAACAUUCUAAUCCCAAACAUUUAGCUACUCCCUAAACCUACUCCCAACAUUCUAAUCCCAAACAUUUAGCUACUCCCUAAACCUACUCACAACAUUCUAAUCCCAAACCUUUAGCUACUCCCUAAACCUACUCCCAACAUUCUAAUCCCAAACCUUUAGCUACUCCCUAAACCUACUCCCAACAUUCUAAUCCCAAACAUUUAACUACUCCCUAAACCUACUCCCAACAUUCUAAUCCCAAACAUUUAACUACUCCCUAAACCUACUCCCAACAUUCUAAUCCCAAACAUUUAACUACUCCCUAAACCUACACCCAACAUUCUAAACCCAAACGUUUAACUACUCCCUAGAGCAGGGGUGUCCAAUCAUGCUCUUGGAUGGUCACUAUCCUGCAAGUUUAACUCCAACCCCACUUAAACACACCUGGACCAGCUAAUCAAGGUCUUUAUAUGGAUACUAGAAACUUCCAAACAGGUGUGUUGAGGAAAGUAGGAGCUAAACUCUGCAGUACAGUGGCCCUCCAGGACCAAGUUUGGACACCCCUGCCCUUGACCUCCACAUUCUAAACUUUCACCCAAACUUCUAACUCCACCCUAAACCUGCACCCUACGUUCUAGACCCACACCCUAAACCAAAUGAUUUUGUACUCUCACAAGCCUCUAAAAUGAUCCACUUUUCCACCUAAACCCCUAGCAUUUCUGUAAUCCUCCACAUUACACAGAUUCUAUUUUAAGACCACUUUAUGUAGUUUGUAUGUAGAAGUGAACCUUCGGCUGAACGAAGAGCCUUCUCUUUCACAUAUUUGGAAUGAAUUAGUCCAGAUGGAUGUGAUCGGUGUUUAUUUACAGCAUAUGUCUUGUAACUUGAUUAACUGUAUUGUACCUUCCGCGUAGAUCAGUCGUGAGGUUGUUCCCUUGACAGACACGUUUCAGCCGGAUGUUUGUAAAGAAUGUAAGAUGAGCAGGAAUCAGCUGUUAUAUAAUCCUCCCAGCUAUUCAGUGGACAAACACUGAGGAUAAGAGCAAAAAUGAGAACAGGAAAAAAUUUUUGCAUGUCUCAGGAUAGGUGAGCAGAGAGAAGUCAGAGAGGUGUUGUCUUACACAAUAGAAGUGUUAAACACCUGUUAGAGAGAAAGAAAGGGAGUUCUUUUUACGUAGGAUUAUUCUGACACACAACAAUAUGAUGGGGGACCUCUUACGGUGUUAACUUCACACAUUUGGGCUGGGGGAGAGAGGGCCCACCCAUAAAAUUGUUGUCCAAGGCGCACAAUAUGACACAACACAACAUGACAACAAAAAAUAAAAACAAUGAUGUUCAUGCUCAUGUUCUUUGUAUUGAUUACCCUUAUAUUUCCAAUAAAUAUUAAACCAUUAA